AUGAAAAGAAGAAAAUUUGCUCGUUGGCUGAAAAGAUAUUGGAAACUUGAUCCAAAAGUACCAAGUUCUAAAUGGCAACGAUUAGUCAAUACUGAUUUUUCUAAACCUAUUCGUCUGACACCACAGCUCAGCAUCAAAAAUGAUAUAAUUUGGUCUACUAGUCGACGAGACGCUGAUACACAUGGUGGUUAUUAUGGUCGUGAAAAGUUUUCUUCUGAUGUCAUGCUUUGGGGUGGCAUAAGUUGGAAUGAUUUAAUUCCAAAAAAGGUUCCUGUAUUUGUCGACGAAUUUUUGGAUGAAUACCAAUGGCCGAAAAGUAAGAAAAGAACAAUUAAUGGUGCUCGACAUGAAAAUCUACUGUAA